AUGAUUUUAUUUUUCGAAAAAUUGGUUAUUUUUACCAUACUAAUAAGCAUUGUAAACGCACGAGUAUCAUCAUUAGGCAAAGUUUCAUUUUCGCCCGGUUUACAUGGUAGAUUAUUUCAAACAAAUUUUAAAGAGAUCAACCCGGAAAAGCCUUCUGUAGCAGGUGGUUUGUUAUUACACACAGACUAUUAUACUCUCACCGAUAUUUAUUUAUCAAGCCGCACAGGUAUUAAAGAAUUAACUGUUGAUUAUGAGGAUCAAUCUAAGGCUAUAUUUUAUGGAUUUCAAAUAUCAAAAAAUCUAGACCAAUUUAUGGUGGAAUUAAGAGGUUAUUAUCGUGCGCCAGCAUCUGGUAUACCAAGUGUUAUAGCAACUUUUUCAACCGAGAGAUCGUUUUUAGGGAAAUAUACUUUAGUUAAUGGUUUAGCAGGGGUAAGAUUAUCAUCAGGAAUUCAAUUAACAAAGGAUUCUAAUGAUAUCAUCACAUGCUCACAAGCAGAUUCAACAACACCAUUAAAAGCAAACAUCGAAUUAUUGUUAAAAUCACAAUUAUCAAAAACUGAAAGAAUAAAACUUGAUACUGAUUUAGUUGAAGGAACAUAUUAUCCAAUUGCAAUUACUGUGACAAAUUUGGCAAGCUUACUCAGGAUAACACAGUUUUCUAUGAUGAUCGACGGGAAGGAAUAUCCUUUUGAUGCGACAAAUUUAUUUUCAGCCCAAUUCUCUGACUCUACUUGGUCUGAUCCAACAAGAGAUAACUUCCCGAGUAAAUGCCCCAAAAAUAUAUUAUCUACAACUUUUACAACUGUAAAGACCAAACCAACUGCUGACACUUUAGCAACAACCACAACAACUUAUACAGAUGCAAAAGGUAUAAUCAUAACGGAAACAUUAUACCUCGUAGCAACAUACAAUGAGACCACAACUAAAACUACAUCCUCAACAAUAUCCAAACCAGUUACCUUAUCUGUGCACUCAAAAACGUCGUUGCUAACUUCCUUCCCUUCUUUUUCUUCACUUGGAACGCAUAGUUCUGCAGAGCAGUCUUUUCACAGUUCAAAUUCCGAUCUUACUAUAAUUUCAAAUUUAUCUAAUAGCAGCGAAACCCACGUAUCAGAAACUUCAGCUUAUAUAUCAAACUCAAAAGUGACUGAAUCAUCCGGCCCUCAUAUCACAUCUGAUACAUCUAAUACGUCCCGUUCCAAUAGCACACCUCACAUAUCCGACACCUCUGGUUCAUCUAGCACAUAUUUGACAACUAACUUAUCCAGUUCAUAUAGUACAUCUGGUGCAGAAAAUUUGACUUCCUCACAUAGUAUUCCCGGCUCUUCUAGUACCUAUAAUUUAUCUCAAUCAUACAGCAAAUACGGUUCAACUCAUCCAAUUGACUCACUUAGUAAAUCAAAUUCAUCUGGUCUGUUAAGUUCACACACCACCUCUCGUGCAUAUACUUUAACAAAUUCACGCACUAUCUCUGGUACAUCUGAUUUAUCUGGUACAUCUAAUUUAACCAGUUCAUACAGUACAUUUAGUACAUCCAAUAUUUCUGGUUACCAUAGUGCAUCUAGUACAUCCGAUAUUUUUAGUAAUCAUAGUACAUCUGGUACAUCUGGCACAUCUGGUGUAUCUGGCACAUCUGGUGUAUCUGGCACGUCUAAUUUAACCAGUUCAUACAGUACAUCUAGUACAUCCGAUAUCUCUAGUAAUAAUAUUACAUCUGGUACAUCCAAUAUUUCUAAUAAUCAUAGUACAUCUGGUACAUCUGGCACAUCUGGUGUAUCUGGCACGUCUAAUUUAACCAGUUCAUACAGUACAUCUAGUACAUCUGAUAUUUCUGGUGACCAUAGCACAUCUGGUUCAGCUGAUUUAUUUGGUUCAUCUGGUUUAUCUGGUACAUCUGGUACAUCUAAUUCAAUAAAUUCACACACUAUUUCAGAUACAUCAGGUUUGUCGGACUCAUACAGUUCGUCCGAUUUAUCUGUUUCAUAUAGUAGAUCUGGCACAUCCGAUAAUUCUGGUUCAUAUAGGACAUCUAUUACGUUUGAUUCAUCUGGGUCAUACAGUGUACCUGUUAUGUCCAGUUCGGCUAGUUCAUUAAAUUCUAUUCUCUCACCAAUCCUUUCAUUUUUUCCUAGCAAUACAUUAUCUAGUGAUCUGGGAUCAUCAAUCUCGUCUAUUACAUCUGAUAAUUGGGUACCUAGCAAAACAGGGAAACCGAGUCAGAGUUUGAUCUCCCAUAUUACGAAAUCAACUGAAAAAUCUGAAGUGUCUACAUUGGUUACUCCAUCUAGCACACUGAGUUUUCUAGGUUCAUCUGGUUGGCCAAACUCAAGUGCUACACUAGCCAAUUCAUUGUCACAAUAUAGUAUAAUACAAACCGAAUCAAAGAAACCAGUUCAUACUUUGAAUUCUGGAACUCCUGAUCCAAAAAGUACACAAUCGAUCUCCACCAUUUUAUCUGAUUCAUCUAAUAUACCUGGUUCAUCCAGUAGUAUAAAAGUAAGUAAAUCUAUUAAACCGGCUCAAACAUCCAAAUCAGGAGUAACAUAUUCAUAUAUUUCAUCAACUAAAUCUGCUUUGUCCAAUUCAUUUAACACAUCAAGCUAUACAUUAUUAUCGAAGAGUAAAUUACCCAAUGUAACAAAGGAACCGAUGUACACACCGAGUUCUAAAAGCUCAUCUGCAGACAUUUCAAUAACAACCACAGUUUCUCCUGAGUUUUCUACUGUAUCAUCAAUUAUUUCAGUUUCCCAAGAGAGUGUAUCAUCAAGCCAAUCCAAGAAUUCAGUUUUUAAUAUAAGUUCUGGUGCUUCACUCUCAUCUAAAUCUGAAACUUCAACCAUUCUGAAUACUUCGUCCAACUCACUUACUGCAUCAGGUUAUACCAUAUCAUCUGAUGAGAUGUUUGAAAAUGAGUCCACAAAACCUGUUCAUUCGUCAAGAUCUGAAAAUGUGGAGUCAUCUACCUCUACUUUUUCUAUUUUAUCUAGUUUACCUAAGCCCUCUGUCACAUCAAUAUCGUAUAAAACCUCUGUCCAAUUUGUUUCAACCAAAAUAUCAAUUCAUUCAAAAACUUCCAACUUUCCUAGUUCAUCUGGUAGUGUGACAAUAAGUGGAUCAAGUGAACCUUUUUAUACCGAAAGUUCCAGAACCUUAGACUCAUCACUUUUGCCCAUCACGAGUAUUUUGUCAGACUCGUUAGUUUUAUUGGAUUCAUCUACAUUAAGUUAUACACCCUUAUCUAGGCCAUUAAAUUCUUCAAAUAUAUUUAUUUCUUCUUACUCAUCCAUGGAAUCGAAGUCAUCAGAUUCUUCUAUCACACCCGAUAUUGAGCUUCCUAGUGAAUCUGGAAAACUGACCUAUUCAGUAAAUUCUGAAAUUUCAAAAUCGUUCAAUACUACCAGUAAAGUUACUUCUUCAAGUAUAAAAUGUUAUCCAGUUUCAUGUAGCUUAUCAGUGUUGAAUGCUUCAUCCGAUGUAACUAGUCACCUGAUUUCACCAGGCCCAUCUGGUAAUGAGCAAGCUAGUAAGUCUUUGAAUCCUGUUUACACAACAAGAUCUGGAGGUACAGAAUCAUUUAAUAUAUCUACUAAAUUCACUGCUUCUGUUACAUCUGACUUAAACACUUCCUUUAUUUCGUCGAAUUCGUUAACUAUCUCACUUUUGACAUGUACUAGACUACCGAGUGACUCCACGAAACUAAUCAAUAUUGUAAGCUCUGAAAGAACGGAAUCAUCUAACUUAUUUCCUACAAUUGUUUCUUCUAAUCCAAUCGAUUCACAUAUUAACACCAUUUCGUCUGGUUCUUCAAGUUACUUUGUCACAUCUCUUUCAUUUCAUGUCGAAAUAUCAGAUAUAUCCAAGAAACCAGUUUAUAGUGUAAACUCUAAAGUUUCACCCUCUUCAAGCUUACUAAUGAAUACCAUUUCUGUUGGUUCAUCAGUUACUUAUGAUUCAUCAGAGUCUUACGUUUCAUUAAACUCAACAACUUCUACUAUUCUACCAGAUUCAUAUACCAACUUUCACCUGUCCAGUAAUGCGAUGCAAAGUGAAACUUCUGAAUUUUCCAACUUAUCUUCUUGGCCAAUUACCAGUGUCUCAGUUACUAUACUAAGUUCUUCGGUUACCUCAAAUUCGCUUAUCAUGUCAACUCCUUCUAUCUCCUCUGAUAGUGGUGAUUUUGGCGUAUCUAGCGUAUCAAUUUAUACAAAAAGCACUGAUAUUUUGAAUCCAUCUGGCCCUUCAAUUGAUACUGAUUUAUCUGGGCAACCCAAUACAAUUAUUUCAUCGCAUAUAAUUAGCUCACCAACAACUUCAGACUAUUUGGUUUUUACAACUGAAACAACACUACCUAACGAAUCGAAGAAAUCGGUCUAUACCGUAGCACCAGAAGUUUCAAGAUCAUCUGAUUCAUAUGCUCCAUCUUCUUCUUUUAUCCCUUCCAGUAAUAUAUUUACAUCCACCUUGCCAUUACCAAAUCCUUCAAAAGGAAGGACCAAUACGUUCAAACCACAAUCUUUUCAAACUGCAACCUCUUCUUCACAAAUGACUUUGGUCCAGACAUCUUCUGAAAGUUCACUUUUACGUUCAUCUCAUUCAUUGGAUGCAAUUUGGAAGCACACUACCACUAAUGAAAUUGAAAGUUACCCAUUAUUUAAAUCUACAAUGUAUCCUUCUUCUUCAUAUGAAUUUUUAAAGACAGCCGUGUCGAGUAACGAUUAUUCUGAUUCAUCGCCAAAUACAGUAAUUAAUGCAAAUACAAAGGUCUUCACCACUACUGGAGGUAAAGAAACACAAGAAAACAAUUCCAAUAUACAGACAUUAUUAAUUAGUACAGAUAAUGUCAAUAACAUACCGAGUGGUAGAAGAAAAUCUUCUUCCUUAAGUGAACAAAACAAACCAAUCCCCAAAUCUACUACAGAGAUUUUUGCAAUCAAUUCGCAUUCUAUAUUGCCAGGUACACACAGUGCAACAAGAACAAUAAGAUCAACUUCUGACAUUGUUUCUUCUAAUUCUCCGAAUAGUGAGUCAUCAAAUGAUAACAUUAGAAGUACAGAGACUGAGUCACAGUCUUUGAAUAAAUCUGAUUCUAAAUUACCUUCUUGUACUUACAUUUCAUUAUCUACAGCUGAUUCAUCAGUAAUUACUAGAUCUGGUGUUCACAGUGACAAUGUUCAUUCCACUUCUAAUAUUUACAAGGGCUCUGGGGUUUCAUUAAAACCUCCUUCAGUUGGAAUUAUUUCCUUAAUUGGGCAGAUAAUACUUCUCUUAUAA